AUGGGUGUGAAACUGUACGUCAUGGACUUUAGUCCACCGUCACGAGCAUGCAUGUUGACUUGUGAGAUCUUCGGCAUACCAUUCGAAAAGAUUCCAGUCGACUUAUUUAAAGGUGAACAUCUUGCUCCCGAGUAUUUACAGAAAAACCCCCUCCACACGAUUCCUGUUCUAGAAGAUGGUGACUUCAUAUUAUACGAUAGCCACGCAAUAAUGGCCUACCUAGCUGAUACCUAUGGAAAAGAUGAGUCUUGGUAUCCAAAAGACGUCAAGAAACGAGCACUAGUUAACCAAAAACUGUUCUUCAAUACAGCUGUUAUUUAUCGUAGAUUAAGAAAUAUCACAUAUUAUGUAUUCCAAAGAGGAAGAAAGACUCUAGAACAGGACUGGUUAGAUGACAUUGCUGAAGGCUACGAUUUCCUGGAAGCAUUCUUGUCUAAAACGAAAUAUAUCGCUGGAGACCAUAUCACGAUUGCUGAUAUAGCAAUUUUGAGUCAUCUCACCAAUCUCGAAUAUAUUUUACCUAUUGAUGCUAAAAAAUAUCCUAAAACAUCUGCCUGGUUAGAAGAUUUCAAAGCGACGCCAUAUGCUAAGAAACAUAAUGAAGAAGGUGCAAAGGCUCUGAAUGAUCUUCUUAAGAAAUUUUUAACUUCCUGA